AUGGCCACAUCUCCCUUCCCUCUCCUCCUCCUCCUCCUCCUCCUCCACCCUCUCUCCUCCACAGCUAAUAUCCACAAAACCAACAAACUCCUCAAAUCACAUCUCUUUAAAGAACCUACCCCCAUAACCACAACACUAGGAGCCCAUAAACCGCUUAAUGACACCCCACCAACUGUUUUCUUUGAAGUACGCAAACCUAUAAAGGUCCCCAACACUAAACCUUGCAAGCACCUUAUUCUCCAGCAUGAUUUUGCCUUUACUUAUGGCAAGCCUCCUGUUCUUGCAAACUAUACCUUUCCCUCUCAUUGCCAAUAUCAAGAUUUCUCCAAGAUUGUCCUUGAAUGGAAGGCAACUUGCAAAGGGAGGCAAUUUGAUCGUAUUUUUGGGGUUUGGUUAGGUGGGGUGGAGCUUCUUAGGAGUUGCACUGCGGAGCCUAGAGCAACUGGGAUUAUUUGGACUGUACGGAAGGAUAUAACAAGGUAUUAUUCGUUGUUUGUUAAGAAUCAGACUCAAGAAUUUGCCGUUUAUAUGGGUAAUCUUGUUGAUAGUACUUAUACUGGGGUAUACCAUGUGAAUAUAAGUGUUUACUUUUAUCCUGCUAAAGAGAAAUUGAGUCCGAGGGAGCAUGGUUUGAACAAUUUGGUAUCUGGGAGGGAUUCUAAGGCUGAUUUGAUCUUGCCCAUUUCGCGAAAUAUGCCAUUGAAUGAUGGGUUGUGGUUUGAAAUUCAGAAUUCUACUGAUACUGGGUUGAAGGAAUUCAAGAUACCUCGAAAUGUUUAUAGGGCUGUGUUGGAGGUUUAUGUUUCUUUUCAUGAGAAUGAUGAAUUUUGGUAUGGAAAUUAUCCUAAUGAGUAUAUUACUGCGAAUAAUCUUACUGGCUACCCAGGGAAUGGACCUUUUAGAGAGGUUGUGGUGAGUCUUGAUGGAGAGGUUGUUGGCGCAGUUUGGCCUUUUACGGUGGUUUUUACUGGUGGGAUUAAUCCUCUCUUGUGGAGACCCAUUAGUGGCAUUGGUUCAUUUGAUCUCCCCUCUUAUGAUAUUGAAAUCACACCCUUCUUAGGAAAUAUAUUGGAUGGAAAGACUCACGCGUUAGGAUUUAGUGUCACGAAUGCUUUGAAUGUGUGGUUCAUAGAUGCAAAUUUGCAUCUUUGGCUGGACCAUAAGAGCACAAACACGGAAGGGAAGCUUUUGAAACAUGAAAGCAAGCCUCUUGCUUUGUCUUUGGUAUCAAAUUUUGAAGGUUUGAAUGGAACAUUCUUGACAAGUGCACGCAGGUUCAUAUCCUUAAAUGGAUGGGUAAAGUCCUCUCAUGGGAAAAUCACUACCCGUUUUAAUCAAUACUUUGGUUACAGCAACUUGAUGGAGAUGGGCAAGGAUGGGGAUUUGCAGAUUGUGAAUCAGACGAUUAAUUUUACUGAUAAUGUUUCUUUCAGGAAGCCGUCCUCUAAUAUUCAAGCAUUCAAAUCGUUCAAAAAUUUCGAGUUUGAAAUGUAUUCUGACUACUCAGAUAAAGGAAAUGACACUUCCUUGUCUGUUGCAAAUGUGACAUUGGGAUUCAAUGAGAAGAAUGUUAAACAUGCUGGUUUAGGAUUUGCAUCCAGCACUCUCAGAAAUCUACAGAAUGGGCAAGGUGUUAUGGUUGUGAAGAAUAACUUGGUUCAAAGUGGUGUGGGGAGCACACAACAGGCAUACACGUAUGAUAGUAGUGACUCCUGCUACUUCAGAAACAUAAGCAGCUCCAACUAUAGUAUUCUCUAUGACAAAGUUGGAAAUACAUGCAGUGAAAGAAAUCAGUCUCAUCUAGGUUUUGGGUUAGGCAGAUGGUGGCAAUUUCCAGCUCGAAGGACCUCUCUAGCAUCCGAGUUACUGAAUAAAUAUCAUAAUGGAGUUUGA